UUGAGAUGGAUUUCGCGCCUUCUUUUGAAUUCGCUCGCUGGGCUUCGAACCUUCGAGAGAAGAAGGAAUCGAUAGUGCAAGAGCUCAUCAUCCAUGGCGUCCAUGGAGCCCCAGAAGCAACUCCUCUCGCUGAUCAGAGACUUCGCUGCCGAGAAAUCUCAAGGAGAGCGCAGGGUUUCGGAUCUCAAGAAGAAGCUCCUCAAUGUCGUUGCUGCGACCGAUGCUGCUAAUGCCGCCCUGGAUGAAGCUAAGCGGGCGAAAGAGGUGGCUGAGAGAGAGCUCCGGGGUUCCCAGGUUCAGCUCUCCAUGUGCGAUGCCACGAUCCAAGCCCAACUGGCCAGGAUUUCUCUAUUUCAAGGGGAGAUAUCUAAGCUCGGAUCUGCAAUUGAUCAGCUCAAGAAUGAGACAGGAGUUCUGCGGUUAAUUCAAUAUGUGGUGAUGGGUUCCUAUGAGUUUAAACUGGAGAUGUUAGAUAUAUUAUAG